AUGAGUUUAGAAGCGAUGCGUCGGUGGUUGCUCGGCGGCGUGGUGACAAGGUGCUCCCGAAGAGCGGGCGCAAGAUGGAUGGCGUACGUCGCAAAAACACGCUACAGCGUCAAGCGUCUAAGCGGUGACAGCUGCUUUUUCUUGCCAGCGCUAAGCUGCCAAGAACGAUUUCAAUCCUCCUCGGACAAGAAAUUCCACUGUAGUGUCUGCAAAAAGGCCUUUCGCCUCGAGAUGGCGGCGAAGUUGCACCUCCAGCAGGCGCACGGGGGCGACGGUGUGGUGGGGGCCGGCCCGGGCCCUGGUGUUGAAGGUGUCCCCGCCGCCGUGCCAGCGGCACCACCGUCCAGCCCCAUUGAGAGGAGUUUUGCGGAGCAGGAGGAACGGCGUCCGCGUCGCAUGAGGCCUACACCGAAGCCGCUUCAUCAACCCGACCGUGAGGUGCCAGAUGCCGACAUGGCAGAGCUCCUUGUUGUGUGGGACAAAAUUGGACUUAGCAGGCUGGAAGGGAGCUUUGUUCACAGCACAAUGGUGAUGAAGGUCUUCGCCGCGCGCCCUGAUAUAUCAGAGCAGCCCCUCUAUGAGCCUCUGACGCCUCAAGGGGAUAACCCCUUCGAGAAGAUGGGUGGCGUCGCCGCAAGUGCGGCGUCGGACUCCUAUGUCGGGGACUACGCGUUGACAGAGGUGGACAUGAGGGCUCCAUUUGCGCCUGCGCCUGAUCGCACCUUGAACCCUUUUCGUGCAGGGAAGGUGGACAAUCCAUUCUUAAAAGUGCCAACGGCGCAACGCGAGGCAGCAAGGACGGUUCAGCAGCAGCAGCAGCAGCAGCAGCAACAGCAACAACUACAGCAAGCAGUGCCAAAGGAAGAGCCUGUAACCGCGCCAAUUACACCGUUCGGACAAUUGCCAAUGUUUGGCAGACAGCAGCAAACGAAGGAGACUGUUGCAGCAAAGCCAUUGCAGCAGAGUCUCUCUGGCCCUGGAGAGGUUGCCUCUCCAUUCACAUCGGCAGUGGCGAAUUCGCCAUUUACGGGUCAAGUGGCAUCGCCUUUUACUUCCACGCCUGAAACUACUGCGACACCUUUUGAAGCGACACCGUUCACAGUAGCAUCACCCUUUACUGCUCCUGGAAUGGAGGCGGGUUCUCCAUUUGCUGCCAAUGGCACACCUAGUCCUUUUCUCCAAGAUGCCUCAGCCCAGCCCACCACAUUCCCUAUGACCAUGGGUCUUCCAACACUGGAGCCAAAUGUGCAAACCGAGCAGCGUGCUCCUGUUGAGCAUAAAUGCUCCACGUGCGGAAAGGCGUUCUCCACCUUUGAAGGGCUCGCCAUGCAUAGCAAAGCCAAGCAUGGGGUUAUUCUUGAACUUGAGAAGAAGAAGGAUGGAAAGCAAAGGGGGCGCAGUGUACCUGAUUUACCCGCAUACAUUCCAAGUCCUGUUGAUCUUUCAUCGACAUCGCCGUUUGGAACUAAAACCGCCGUCGGUGCUUCAUGGGUGGAAACUGAGCUAAUCCCACAUGCGCAGUGUGUGAGUAAUAUUACAAUUGUCGGCCGCGUGCUUGAUGUCACACAGGCGAUGGAAAGUGUAUCCCAAGUCACUGUGUUUGUCCAGGGCGAGGAAAGCGGGGAAGAAGAAACAGUCACUGUGCACUGCUCUGGUGACAUCAGCACUCAGGUUCGCGAUACGGUGAGGCGUAAUGUCACAAUAUUCCUGACUGGAACACUGCGACUGCAUCCCGUUUACGAGGCAAGCAACAACAAGUAUUAUGUGAGCCCUGUUGUGCAUGUUGCGUCGCCAACAGGGACACUAGCCGUGAUCACAUAA